GUCUGAGCGAAGAGUCGGACCGAAAGUGUCGUGAAUUGUGUGAAGAGAUGUCGGCUCUGAAGGCAAGCAAUGAGUCCGAAGUGAAGGCAUUGAGAGCACAGCUCAACACAGCAUUGGAUUCAAUGCAGACAAUGGCUCAAGAAAUCAAUGAUUUAAAACAAAAGUUGUCAACUUGUGAUAAAAGCGAAGAGAUGUCAGCCAUGAGUGCAAGUAAUGAGUGCGAAAUGAAGACAUUGAGGGCACAGAUCAGGACUGUUGGGGAUUCAAUGCAGACAAUGGCUGAAGAGAUCAAUGAUUUACAGCAAAAGUUGUCGACUUUAGAUAAAAGUAAUGAAGGAGUGGUCACAGAUAUAGAGGUGUUAUCGGAAAAUGUGAUUUAUUUAAGUGAAGAGUUUCCCGAUUUUAUGACGAGAACUGAAUCCGAUGUGAAGACACUUAAAGCAGAGCUCAAGAUAGCCAUGGAUUCAAUGCAGACAAUAGUUGCAGAUAAUAAUAAAUUGAAGCAAAAAUUGUGUAAAAUGUCGACAGAAAACAGUGGAUUGAGUGAACAGUUGUCGGCAUUAAAGGCAUCGAAACAUAUCAUUGAAUCCGAUGUCAAACAAUUGGCGCAAGAAAUCAAUGCACAGAAUAUUAGCUGUUUCGCGAGUGUUGAACAGGACUUGUCGUCAACCUCUUCAUCGAUCAGAUCCUACAAUCAAUUGACCACUAAUUCAGACAAAACCAGAGAUGAGAUUAAUAUUGAGGAGAUAUUCACUGAAAUCGGAGAUCAAAUCAAAGAUCAAAUCAAAGAUCAAAACAAAAUAACAAACAAUUUAUUGAAUGUAUUGUUGAGAGAGAAGGAGAAGUCGUUGACAGCACUCGAAGGCAUCACACAAUCGGUCGAAGACUCGGAUGACUGCGAAUCCAUUGGCAGUAUUGACACACUUUGGGAAUAA